AUGGAUCUCUUUUCCUCUUUCGACACGCAUUCCGCAUUUGUCGGUUCUCCCGACCAAACCACUCCAACAAUGCCCUCUCAGGCACAAUCUUCUUCAGGAGACGACUUAUACGAUCUCUUACCCCUCGAUUUGGAGCACAGUGGAGACACUGGUCGCUUCUACUGCGUUAUCGCCUGA